UGCACGUGUUGUGUAAGAAAUUUUAUUCACCAGUCAGUUCUCACGUUUGUUUACAUUUUCCACUUCCUGAGUAUCGUUCAAUUUACACACUUGUGAUAAUCGCGAAAAUAGGUUGAAGGUUAAACACCACUAAAUCAAGCUACAUUCUUAUUUCAUACAAUCCACUUAUUUGAUAACGCUUUUUGUAACUUUUCUGGAAUACUGGACUUUCAGAGACUUAUAUUCCGAUAAAGGACUAUAUGCCCUAUUCUGUUGUUCAUUUCACAUGAACACCGAACAAAAGAUUCAUUUCUUAUAUUUACAUUAUAUUUCCUUUCCAUUUGUAAACAAUGUUACAUUUUGUUGCAUUUAAUAUUAAAAUCUGCUUCCCGGUCAUUCUGUUCACCAGACAACAGCUGCGACGUCAUCUAAGGAAUGUUCUCCCCGACUAUACGUGGACAUCGUCAAAAUAGUGGCCUAUUAUCUCUAUGCAGCUAUGAAUCCCGGACCUAUUCGAUUUCCAUGUGGGAUAUGAGGUAAACCAGUGGCAAAAAAAUCAUAGAGCCAUGCAGUGUGACAAUUGUGAUGUGUGGUCACACAUUAAAUGUCUGAAUAUUCAACCAAAAGAAUACACUAAACUUGGGCAGUCGGAUGAUCCAUGGUAUUGUCCAGGCUGUCUUUCUACCAAUCAGGAAGAAACCAACAAUGCUACACAGACUAUCUGUGAUGAAACUACUUCUAGUUCUACCAACUCCCCAAAUCCAUAUAUUGUAAAUGAUCUAAACUUACAUGAAAACGACCAAGAGGAAUUUAACCUGUGUAAUAAUUAUAAAUACUUAAAUGAUAGUUAUUUUCCAGAACCAGAUCCGGAGGAGGACUGGCUGAAUGAGGCGGAAAAAUCAAACGCUGAAGACUCACAAGAUAUUCAAACAUCCUGGAAACGCCUCAAGUAAGGACAACAAGGUAUGGCAAGAAUUCAUUCCGCUUUGAGGCUGCCCGGGUGUGGAACAGUCUGCCAAAUGACUUACGUACAAUCGAUCAGUACAAGGAUUUUGCCCGACUGAUCAGCACCUGGACAGGCCCAAAAUGUAAAUGUACCAUGUGUGAAUAGCAUAACACCGCUUCAUCUGUUGUCCUGCUUUGCAUGUGCUUGCUUUUUCUUUCUUUAAAGUUUUAGUUUACUGCGUAUAAUUUUUGUUGCAAUGUUCUUUCGCAUUUGUUUUUAUCGUUGCUUUU